AUCUUGUAAGCGCGGACCAUUGUGUGCAUGGGAGACGUCAUGUCUAAGGCUGCGUCAUGGCUGCAGACGCUGGUCGUAACCACGAGCGCCCUGGCCGUCGGCCUUCUCGGAAUCCUCUACGUGUAUCAAGAGAAGCUGCUCUACUUUCCUAGCAUGCCUGGUGUCUCCAAGCUGACCACCGAGAACCCAGAAGGGUACCGCCGUCCCGACGAGUACGGAAUCGACUACGAAGAUGUGUUCAUACCAUGUGCGGAUGGUGUAAAGAUUCACGCGUGGCUCAUGAAACAACCGCAACCCAAAGAAGUGUCGACAAUCGUGUUCUUCCACGGCAAUGCAGGCAAUAUUGGAUACCGUCUCCCGAACGCCGCCAAGAUGUUUCGCCACUUGGAAUGCAACAUUCUCCUGGUCGAUUACCGUGGCUUUGGGAUGAGCGAAGGAGAGCCUACGGAGCGCGGGCUUCAGCUCGAUGCAGAGGGCGUUCUGGACUACUUGCACUCGCGCGGUGCCUCUACAGUCGAUUCAUCCAAACUCAUCCUCUUUGGCAGAUCCCUCGGUGGCGCUGUCGCCGUCUACGCCGCGACGACACGACCCAAACAGAUCGCUGGCCUCAUCCUUGAAAACACGUUCUUGUCCAUCUCGGCCAUGGUAGAUCAAGUUAUGCCAUGGCUGUCGCACGUCAAGUCGGUGGUUCUGCGCCUUGACUGGGGCAACGAAGGUCGGAUACCGUUGCUGACGCACCCGAUUCUAUUUGUUGCGGGCGAGCGGGAUGAGCUCGUGCCCCACACGCACAUGCAGCGCCUGCACGCGCUCGCGGUCAAGAGCACGCUGCGAGCAUGGCUGCCAAUUCCUCGAGGCACGCACAACGACAGCUGGAUGCGUGGGGGAAUGGACUACUUUUACACCCUCAAGAGCUUUAUCGGGAACGUUGUGGGCGAACCGUCGUCCGUUGACACCAAGACGGGCCAGGUCAAGACACCCACGGACAUGGUCGACGACGAGGAUUUCAAGGAAGCACCGUCGCAUAUCCCCAACAUGCUGGAUCAGCAGUCGCUGCUCUUUCAACGGCCGGCCAAGAAGAUCGACCAGGACGAGCUGUAACAUUCCACUAAAAAUCCACCGGCAAUUGCGUUGGCAACCAUUGUUGGCCACAUGUAGAUGUCCCCUCGAGAAAACCUCGCAACCGAUGUACAGUCUCCUCA